AUGGCACCGUCACGCGCGAUCGCAAUGUCUUCGUCGUCUGCCUCUUCGCGACAAGCGAAUCGCGGACGAGCUACUACGGACCAAGAAGACCAGUCGGAAACGGACGACAGCUAUGGACAGAUCAAAAUCGGUUCGUCUUGCGCCGCACCCAGAUCGUCGUCCAACGCGGAACACCGAUCGAAGCGCGCACAUCACGACGACGUUGCACCGGAUGAGCAACCGAUUCGAGCGGUGAAAAAGAGCACUUCGCACAAACACAGCAGCUCAUCGCGUUUACAAAAUAACCAAGCAUCUGACGACGACGCACCGCCCGCUCUGGUCCUGUCCGACGAACUGUUCAUCGAACGUCGAGCUUACGACGAGUGGGUCGACAAAAAGCUCUCCAAGCUCACUUCGAAGCGCGAACAACUUCUGCAAGACCAGCUUCAACGCAUCCGAUCCGAACGCGACGAAAUUCAAUCGCAGUACGACGAGCUUCGACAACUUCGAGCCACAGCGCCCGAACAAGCGCUCGACGAAUUCAAGAAGACGGCCGAAGCCAGGUAUCGACACGACAAAGAUCUGAUCAAUUCGCUCAAGGCCAAGGUCGACGCUGCGGAGAAGCGCGCCAAGGAAGCCCAAGCUUCCGGGCUAGCAGGAGCAGAUCGAAGCAUGAGCAUACUCAACGCGAGUGUGAGCGAAAGCGUUCAACCCGACGAUGCAAGAAUACAGGAACUGCAAGAGUUGCAUCGCAAACAGAUGCUGGAAGCACAAACCAAGAUCCAAAGAUUGGAGCAAGAUGUGCAAUCGUACAAACUGCAACUCGAACAAGAGAUUGCUCAAUCGCAGACGCACACCAAAUCUGUGAAAGCGACCAGCGAGACUUCGGCCGCAUCGACGUCGCUCGCGGCGAUCGAGGAUGAAAAGGCGGUGCGAAAGCUGUACGAAGAUCUGACCGGCCUCGUCAUCACGGGUGUCGAGAAGAUCGAUCCCUCGGAACCGUUCCGUCGAUUCAAAGCGAUCUUUGCACAGGAAGACUACUACUCGGUGCUGAUGGACUUGGAAGAGUCUCGCUCUUCGCUUGCCACGACAGCAGGAAAGAAGACGACGAGAGACGACAUCGUAUACGUACCCAAGAUCGACGACGAUCGCGACAGCGAGCUGUUAAACAGCCAACUGGUACCGCCCGAGUGGUUGGAGGCUUUGAGGUUCGACAGGAAUAUGCUCUUCAAGUGGUACGAGAAGACCAGAAAGGCCUUGAUAACCGAUGUGGCCAGAUUAAAGCUGCGCGCCAGGGAGGAGCGCGCGCAUCGUCGCUAG